AUAUACUCUUGAAAAAAUGUCGUUUGUAAUUUUUAGGACCGUUUCGUGACAAAGUGGUGGAUAUUUGAAGCACAUUGGAGACGUGUUGGAAAUCAAACCAGAGGCAAACAUGGCACUGACGAUGUCUUACGAUAGUCAGACAAGGAAUCUGUUGAGUCAGGCAAUGCAACAGACUUCACGCUUCAAACAGCAAGUGUUGUGGAAGGAUGCGGUGAAAAUAGUGAAUACUAAUCAAAACGUGGUCAGAAUGAGGCUGAUAGAUAAAAGGCGGGAAAACGCCAAAGUCAAGGCUAAGGUCAAGAGAGACAUUCUCGGCAGACCCCAACUCAUAGAGUUCUUAGGAUUACCAGUGUCACCCUAUAUAAAGUUUCGAAGAAUGGCUAGAGCAGUAAAAAUGUUGAUUGGAGUUUGUCACGUUUGUCGGAGCCUCUUGGUGAAUUCUGUUUCCCAAGAAAACUGGUUCUCGUUGCUGGAUAAUCUCGUUGCGGCAACAACGCUACAGCAAUCGCAAAAGAAAGGAAGGGCUUUUGUUGCACUGGUCACCACCGAAAAACACAAAAUGGAACAGCUGACCUUUGACAUCAACGAUUAUAAGCAACAACGACAUACUAAGGAUUUGUUUACGGACGAUCUCCGGGAGAUAAUGAGGCAGAGACCUGGAACAAGGAGCCCUGAACAAAUCAUGGAGGUUGUGAGAGUACUUAAAGCCAUGUCAAAGCAAUUCUGCGAGUACUCUUUAGCAGUUCAGAAAAAGAUAUGCCAGUAUGCCUUUUACGACAAAUACCUCCACAACCGUGUAAUUAUACGGCGGGGACUCCCCCCAGAUGGAAUCUAUUUUGUCAUCAGCGGAACUUUGAUCAGUAAACCUGACGACAAAAGAAACCCGGAUGAACUCCAUGCCGGAGAAAAGUUUGGGGAGGAGGACCUAGUCUGCGGCUGUGGGAGGAGGGCUACGGUGAUCACCAGACAGGAAGUGGAACUUCUAUUCCUACACAGAUUUGAUUAUAUGGAAAUCUUCGAUAUGGCAGCGGAUUGUAAUGACCCAAAGAACUUGAACAUUUGUCGCAAGGAUGUGGUGCUGCGACAUUUUCCACUGGAAAAACUAGAGGAGAAUCCGGGAACGUGGAGUACGCUGAAAUACAGAUAUGGCCGCCUGAUAGUCAAAGACAGCAAUGAAAUGGAAUGGAUUUAUGUUAUCUUGUCUGGAGAAGCACGUGUGAUAGCCCGGCUAAAACCGGACACCAUAGACAUCAAGGCUAGAAGGCAACAGAUUCAGAAAACAAUUGAACAGGACUCACCCUUCUACAAGAAAAAGAAAAUCCUCAACUUUGUAUCUGAUAGAGCGCAUGUAAAAUCAAAGUAUAGUCCUGCUACAUAUCAUCCUGGGUUACGGAGAGAUUUGAUGUCAGCGCCACCUGCACCAGGGCACAGGAAGUGUCUUGAUGACAUAGCAUAUAAAAGUGUGCCAGACUCUCCCAAUGCUGUGAAGUCAGUGCGCGGAUUCCUCAGAUCCAAGUCAGAAAUCAUGGACAGGCAAACGCAAAAACUACCUAAAAUAGAAAUUAAAGAAAGUGAUGAAGUGGAGUCUAAAGAGAAGACAGAAAACGAGGAAAACAUAAGACCUACCUCAGUCGUGGGCGGAGAAACUGUACAAUUAACGUUUACUGAAAUAUCUGCUGACAAAAAGUCGUUUUACCAAAGAACUGGUCGUAAUCCAGGAAACAGCAAACCAAGACCCAAAUCUGAAAACCUGCAUAUGGUGAAAAAGAAACGUUUGACACACGAACAAAUGAUGGAACGACUACAAAUGGCAGAACGCAAACGAUUAAAGGAGAAAUACACAAACGCGCCAAAUAUCAAACCACAACGCGUGGUCAUCACUCAUGAAAAAGAAACCGCAGAGCUUCCUGCAUUUGUACAGGUGGAAACGCUUCAUCCAGGGCAAACCUUUGGACUUCGAUCUUGCUUAGAAUCCUACGAGAGAGGACCAUCAGUGAGUCUGGUUAGUGGAGACUGUGAGGUGCUAGCUAUCAACAAGAAGUUCUUCCUACGUCACUGUGAUGACGCCAUGUUCAGUCUCAUCAGACUAAAGGCAAAGCCUUUUCCACAACAGAGUGAACUGGUUGAUCGUUUAGAUAUAACGCUGCAGUGGGACGAAUUCAAACAGGAGACAUUGAGGGACUAUCUCAGGAGGCGGAUCAGAAAACACUGAUUAUAGGAAAGACUACCUCAAGGGGCGGAUCAGGAAAAACCAUGAUUAUAGGCACCAGUGAUCAAGGAAAUAAUAUCAGACUCUUAAAAAUUUCAAUGUUCGGAACUGAGGAUGAAAAUCGACGCAAUAUUUCCCAUAAUACAGCAAUUCUCGCUGGGAUUCGUGCUGUGGAAAUUGUGUGUACCUUUGUGCUCCCCAUUCAGUAUUAUUAUUUAUUUGAAU